GCAACCCUUUUCCCUUGCACCGGGAAGACAUACCGGAAAGAUGUCUUUCCCCAAAAAAUCGAUUCAAGACCCCUUUAAACCCUGGAAAUUCUUCGUUUUUCCAACAAUCACGAUCAAACCCACAUAUUCCUUCCCUUUCUUAUUGAAAUUAAUUAUUGCUCUCUUCGCAUUUGCUUCAAUAUUCUGUCCCCUGUUUUACUUCGCUUUCCCUAGUCGAGCAGAUGGCUACUUCUCAUGCUCCCAUUGUGAUAAAUCUCUGCGGAUUUUCGGUCACCAGAAAAUCACCAUCGGAGAUGAUGUUUCUGGUACUCCGAAUUACGAAAAGACCAACCUCUCUCACAUUGUCUUCGGGAUCAGUAGCUCUGUUGAAAAGUGGAACAAUCGCUGCCAUUACAAUGAGCUGUGGUGGAGACCCAACAUAACACGUGGGUUUGUUUGGCUUGACAAGAAGCCUCUGGAGAAUGAGAGUUGGCCGGAAACCUCGCCGCCUUACAGAAUCUCCGCGGAUACUUCUAGGUUUAAAUACACUUGUUCGUACGGUUCACGCUCUGCUCUCCGUAUUGCGAGAAUUGUGAAGGAGACUUUCGAGCUCGGGAUGGAUAACGUCCGCUGGUUCGUAAUGGGAGACGACGACACCGUUUUCUUCCUCAAGAAUUUGGUCAUGGUGUUACAGAAAUACGAUCAUAAUCAAAUGUACUACAUCGGAGCAAACUCGGAGAGUGUGGAGCAAGAUGUGAUUCACUCAUACACAAUGGCCUACGGUGGCGGCGGCUUUGCCAUCAGCUACCCCUUGGCGGCGGAGCUGGUUACGAUUUUGGAUGGCUGCAUUGAUCGAUACGCAUCGUCUUAUGGGUCCGAUCAAAAGGUCGAUGGCUGCAUGAGAGAGAUUGGUGUAACUCUCACUAAGGAGCUCGGUUUCCAUCAGAUUGAUAUUCGAGGAAAUCCUUAUGGUUUACUAGCGGCACACCCAUUGGCGCCGCUGGUGUCGCUGCACCACCUAGACUAUGUUGAAUCCAUCUUUCCAGGCAUGGAUCAGAUAGACUCACUGAAGAGGUUAAUCAAUGCUUACCAAGUGGAUCCCGGUCGGACCCUUCAACGGAGUUUCUGUUACGAUUUAAACCGAAACUGGUCAGUUUCGGUGUCUUGGGGUUACACAGUACAGCUCUAUCCAUCAUUAGUUACGGCGAAGGAAUUAGAUACGACUUUGCUAACGUUUCAAACGUGGAGGACCUGGAAGAAUGAGCCAUUCGUGUUUAACACUCGACCCAUGAGUCAAGACCCUUGUCAGAAACCGGUCCUGUUUUUCCUGGAAAGUGUUGAAAAUGUUGGUGAAAAUCGGAGCCUUACAAGGUACAGAAGGAACAUUGAAAAAGUGGAGUGUAAUGGACCUGAAUAUGCUCCUCUCUUGGCCACUGAAUUCCUCAACGUCUCAGCUUCAACAUUGAACCCGAAAAUAUGGAAAAUGGCGCCACGAAGACAGUGUUGUGAUGUAAUCAACGGUGGUAAAGGAGAUUUUCAGGUCAAGAUUAGAAGCUGCAAUCCCUUUGAGAGUGUCACACCACCGUAGAAGAAAAGGAUUCUCUUGAUUAAUACUACUACACGUUUAGCUUCUUGUGAAUAGAUAAUAAACAGAAGGAAAAAAGUAGGCCUAAAGUAAGCAAAUGUUGGCUCCGGGCGAGACCCAGAAUCAUUAUGAUAGGUUAUAAUCUCUCUCGACUUAUAUUGAGUAUGGCUAGUACUUCUCAAUAAGUAAUAUUUGUUGGGGCCAUUUGUUUGAGACCCCAAGGCACCAAUUCUUUUUUAUUUUCUUGAUGAAUUCUCUAGGCAGCCACGGUAGAGAAGAAUGAUGUUAAAGAGCUAAGCAUUGUGGCAGAAUCGACCAAGAUUUUCUUGGGGUCUUCGCUUGAUCAAACACUCUCAAAUAUUGUUUCCAGCUUAUAGUUAUAGCUAUUAUUAAUUUUUGUUAGAAACAUUAAAAUUGUUAUAAUUUU